GAACAAGAUCAUGACACGAGGCCUACAAAGCAGCGUACUUCCCGGAGAGGAAGUUCUUGCAGAAGUCGGGAGUUUCCUCAAGGAGGAUCCAGAUGAAGGAGGCAGGAGUUCGGAUGAUCAGCUUCAGGCUGGGGACGCAAGAUCGGGUGUGCUAGCUGAGCAGGCAUGUUUGGG